AUGCCGUCCCCCACAGAUGUGAAAGCGGUUGGCAGGCUAAAUGGGAUGAUCAAUUAUCUGAGCCGGUUCCUGCCCAAGUUAGCUGAUGUUAUGACACCGCUCAGGAAGUUGACUCAUAAGGGCGAAAGCUGGCAUUGGGAUGCAGAACAAGAAGAGGCCUUCCAGGCAAUCAAGGAACUCAUCACUAACGCACCUGUUCUCGCCUACUAUAAUCCGCAACUCUCCCUCGAGAUUCAAUGCGACAGCAGUCAAUUUGGUAUCGGGGCCGUACUCAUGCAGAAUGGGAAACCCAUCGAUUUUCGCAGUAGGACGUUGACAGAGACCGAGCGUCGUUACGCCCAGAUAGAAAAAGAGAUGCUUGCAGUGGUUUACGCCGUCGAACGUUUUAAUGACUAUACAUUUGGCCGGAAGACUACAGUGUUUACAGAUCACAAACCGUUGGUUUCCAUCGCCAACAGGCCGCUACAUGUUGUUCCCUGCCGCUUACAGAGAAUACUUAUUCGCCUUCAAAAGUACGACCUAGUGAUUGUGUAUCGACCUGGUAACGAAAUGCAUAUCGCAGACACGUUAUCCAGGGCAUAUCUGUCAGACACACCAGAGGAAGACGAAGAUUCAGAUUUCGUUCAUGCAGCACAACUAGUAGCUGUUACCGAGGAGCGAUUGAAACAGCUCCAGCAGUGCACGGAGGAAGAUGGGUUAUUCAAGCUACUGAGGCAGACAAUACUAAGUGGCUGGCCCAAGAACAAGAAAGAUCUACCAGGAAAGCUGACCCCGUUUUUCCAUUUUCGUGAUGAACUCAUUGUCCAAGAUGGGUUGAUAUUCAAGGGCAAUAGGAUACUAAUCCCCAAAGCGUUGCAGCGCGCGAUGACAGAGCUUGUCCACUAUGCACAUUUGGGAGUCAACAAUUGUGUGGCCAGAGCGCGAGAGCUAAUGUUUUGGCCGGGAAUGACCAGCCAAAUACGAGAUUACGUCUCAAAUUGUCUGGCAUGCCGAACACACGACGUACGUCAGUCAAAAGAACCGAUGAUGCUCCGUGACGUUCCGGACAGGCCCUGGCAGAUGGUUGCAGUAGACAUCUUCAUCCACGAUGGAAAAAGUUACUUAGUGUUGGUUGAUUAUUUCAGUGACUACUUUGAAAUCGAUGCUCUAGCUACGACCAGUACAGACGCAGUGGUGAAUAAGCUACGAUGUCAAUUUGCUCGUCACGGAAUAUCGGAGGUAGUAGUCUCUGACAACGGGCCGCAUUUCGUUAGCGCAGAGUUCCGAGAGUUCAGCAGAAAGUGGGAUUUCCAUCACCGGCUUACUAGCCCAUAUCACAGCCAAUCAAAUGGAAAGGCCGAGUCGGCGGUAAAAGAAGCAAAGAAGGUGCUUACCAAAGCUAAGGAGACUCAGGAGGACCCUUAUAUUAUGUUGCUGGAACGCAGAAACACGCCAUCAACAGAAAUUAGGGCAAGUCCGGUGCAGCGACUCUUCAGCCGGAGGACAAGAACGUUGAUACCAACUGCGUCAAAUCUGCUAACACCUGAAGUAUCACCAACGACCUCGAUACACGAGCGGUUACGAAACAGAAUGCUUAGGCAAAAGAGAUACUACGAUCGCGGGGCGAGAAAACUCCAACCUCUAGCAUUGUGA